UGUAUGUCUGAGGUGGAUUUCACUGCAGGUUUCGUUCUCUUUGUGUGGUUGACUCUCGACCCGCCUCUGAUACAAAAAUGUAGUCAGACCUGUCCCACGGUCACAUGACGUGCUGCGAUUGGAUGCUGCUCUCCCAUUGGUCAACGGUCUGAAUGAAGCUGAACACACCUGGGAGAUGUCAGACAGGUGAGUUUCAGUCACACACACGCCGGUGUUCAUACAGCUGAAGAAGAAGAAGAGCGAUGGGUCAGGGUCACAGCUCAGCAUCUCCUCAGGUGAUCCUGAUGGGUUUGGACUCUGCCGGGAAGACGACUCUGUUGGCCAGACUGCUGACUGGACAGGUGAUGGAGACGUCUCCGACCAUUGGAUUCAAUGUGGGAACUCUGGACCUGGACAAGAAGACGUCUCUGACUGUGUGGGACGUCGGAGGACAGAAGAACAUGAGAGUCAACUGGAGGUACCUGUUGUUGCGUUGUAAGGCUCUGGUCUUCGUGUUAGGACACGGAACGGCUGCCAGAGAACCAGAAGGUUCCAAGAGAAUCCUGAACCACGAGAAGCUCCGCGGAGUUCCUCUGAUGGUUCUGGCCAACAAGAAGGAUCUGCCCAACUCCAGACCAACCAGAGAGAUCUCCAAUCAGCUGGAUCUUCCCAGUCUCGUGGACCGGUUGUGGGAGGUUCAGGCCUGCAGCGCUCUGAAGGGUCUCGGCCUCCAACAGGCCUUCGUGUCCAUCAGCAAACUCAUCAAGAAGAGUUGAGAGGGGGAGGAGCAGGAGGAGCAGGAGCAGAGAGGAGCAGGAGGAGCAGGAGGAGCAGGAGCAGAGAGG